AAACGUUAAAAGAAUAUAUUUUGGAGUAAACCAUUCACAUAAGGACACUCCAACAAUACAAGCAAGAGACCAUCAUCUGAAAGAGCACAUGACCAAAUCACUGCCCUCCAACGGCAACCGUUCCCAAGGCCUAAUCAAGAUGCAUACCAUUUUUGGUAUAUUUUUAAUCCAUUCCUUUUUUGGUAUUUUUAAGUACAACCCUAGCGAAAAAUUCCACCACCCCUGUAUAUAAAGGGUAACCCUAAACAACAGUCCCCAAACUCCCAACACUUGAUAAAAACAAGAUAAAUAACCAAGAAAUGUCGUACUACCCAACGUCCCAAAAUACAAGCCCUCUAAGCGAAAGUCAUGGUAUGAUCGACACCUACCAUAUCCACGAUCUUUUGCCGAACCAAUGCGGCUCGGUACUCGUCCAAACCGUCGACGCACCGCUAAACCUAGUAUGGUCCUUCAUCCGCCAGUUCGACAAUCCGAAGGCUUACAAGCUGUUCGUUAAGAGUUGCAGCAUGCGGGCGGGGAACGGAGGCAUAGGGAGCAUUCGGGAAGUCGUGAUUACGUCUGGGUUGCCGGCGAAAACCAGCACGGAGAGGCUGGACGAGCUCGACGACAACAUGCACGUCAUGCAUUAUAGCGUUAUCGGUGGGGAUCACAGGCUUGCAAAUUACAGUUCUACCACUACGGUGCAUAAAGUGGAAGAAGAAAAUGGAAAGAAGAAUAAGACGGUUGUGAUUCAGUCGUACGUGGUGGAUAUUCCCGCCGGAAGUAGCAAGGAGGAUACUUGUUUGUUUGCUAAUACGAUUAUAGGCUGUAAUCUCAAGUCAUUAGCUAAAGUUUCAGAAAAGAUGGCUGCUACGUGCUGAUCAUUAACUAGUUAAUUAGCUUAAUUAGCUGUGUUUUUCUUUAUUUUUCUUUAUGUUGUAAUAAACUAAUCAAUAAUUAAUGUCCGACUUUCCAGCUCCUA